AUGUCGGCGAAGGCCAUCUCAGAACAGACGGGCAAGGAGUUCCUGUUCAAGUACAUCUGCACCUCGGCAGCUGUUCAGAACCGCUUCCGUUAUGCCAGCGUUACCGCCGAGACCGACUGGUCUCGCCUGACGCAGGAGCACCCUUGGCUGCUAACAGAGAGACUGGUGGUGAAACCGGAUCAGCUUAUCAAGCGACGCGGGAAACUGGGACUGGUGGGCAUCAAUUUGGACCUGUCGGGUGUUCAGGACUGGCUCAAAAGCCGCCUCAUGAGAGAAACCACAGUGGGCAAGGCGAAGGGAGUGCUGAAGAAAUUCCUCAUUGAGCCCUUUGUCCCUCACAAACAGGAAGAGGAGUUUUAUGUGUGCAUUUACGCCACUCGCGAGGGUGACCACGUGCUCUUCCACCACGAGGGUGGCGUGGAGGUGGGCGACGUGGACUCGAAAGCCCAGCGGUUGACGGUCGCCGUGGACGACAAGCUCAGCGAGGAUCAAGUGACUAAGCAGCUGCUCACACAAAUUCCCAAUGAGAAGAAAGACAUUCUAGCCAGCUUUAUUGUGGGGCUCUUCAACCUCUAUGAGGAUCUAUAUUUCACAUACCUGGAGAUCAACCCUUUAGUCGUCACCCAAGAUGGCGUUUACAUCCUGGACAUGGCGGCCAAAAUCGACGCCACAGCCGAUUACAUCUGCAAGGCCAAGUGGGGCGAUGUGGAAUUCCCGCCACCUUUUGGCAGGGAAGCUUAUCCGGAGGAGGCCUACAUAGCUGACCUGGAUGCUAAGAGCGGUGCCAGUCUGAAGUUGACGUUAUUGAAUCCUCGUGGCAGGAUUUGGACAAUGGUGGCAGGUGGAGGUGCUUCUGUUGUAUACAGUGACACAAUUUGCGACCUGGGCGGAGUCGAUGAGCUAGCAAACUAUGGCGAGUACUCUGGCGCGCCCAGCGAGCAGCAAACGUACGACUACGCCAAAACUAUCCUCUCACUCAUGACCCGCGAAAAGCACCCUGAUGGGAAAGUGCUGAUCAUUGGAGGAAGUAUCGCUAACUUCACUAAUGUAGCAGCCACAUUCAAGGGCAUUGUCCGGGCUAUCAAAGAUUACCAGGGUCCUCUGAAGGAGAACGAGGUUACCAUCUUUGUUCGACGGGGUGGGCCCAACUACCAGGAGGGGCUCAGGGUAAUGGGGGAAGUUGGAAAGACCACUGGUAUUCCAAUCCACGUAUUUGGCACAGAAACCCACAUGACUGCCAUUGUGGGCAUGGCAUUAGGACACAAACCUAUCCCCAACCAGCCACCAAUGGACGCUCACACUGCUAACUUCCUGUUAAAUUCAAGCAACAAUGUGAUGACUCCAGCCACCACCAGGACCGCCUCCUUCUCCGAAGCCAGGCCGUCUAAUGACGUCACUCCUGCCAAAAAGUCCAAAGCGGGUUCACCGGCAGGUAUUUUACCACACGUCUUCUCCCAUCAAGGUAAAUCCACCACACUGUUCAGCAAGCGGACCAAGGCCGUGGUAUGGGGCAUGCAGACGCGAGCCGUGCAAGGGAUGCUGGACUUCGACUACGUGUGCUCCCGGGAUGAACCCUCCGUGGCCGCAAUGGUUUACCCCUUUACUGGGGAUCACAAGCAGAAGUUCUACUGGGGACACAAGGAGAUUCUGGUGCCGGUCUACAAAAGCAUGGCCGACGCUAUGAAGAAACACCCCGAGGUGGAUGUACUAAUAAGUUUUGCGUCACUCCGCUCCGCCUUCGACAGCACGGUGGAAACCAUGCAGCACCCGCAGAUUCACACCAUCGCCAUCAUCGCAGAGGGCAUCCCCGAAGCUCUGACCAGGAAACUCAUUAAAAUGGCAGAUGAGAAAGGCGUCACCAUCAUUGGGCCUGCUACGGUUGGUGGAAUCAAGCCGGGCUGUUUCAAGAUUGGCAACACGGGUGGCAUGCUUGACAACAUCCUAGCAUCCAAGCUGUAUCGCCCCGGUAGCGUGGCGUACGUUUCGCGUUCAGGGGGCAUGUCCAACGAGCUCAACAACAUCAUCUCUCGCACAACCGACGGUGUCUUUGAGGGAGUGGCCAUCGGCGGAGACAGAUACCCUGGCUCAACCUUUAUGGACCACGUCCUUCGCUACCAGGACACUCCAGGCGUUAAGAUGAUUGUGGUACUGGGAGAGAUUGGCGGAACAGACGAGUACAACAUUUGUCAAGGGAUUAAGGAGGGCAGGAUUACCAAACCGGUCGUGUGUUGGUGUAUCGGAACGUGCGCUACCAUGUUUGCAUCAGAGGUCCAGUUUGGCCAUGCUGGGGCGUGUGCUAAUCAAGCAUCGGAAACUGCGGUGGCCAAGAACCAAGCCUUAAGAGACGCUGGAGCGUACGUACCCAAGAGCUUUGACGAGCUGGGUGAUGUUAUCAGGACAGUUUACGAUGAACUAGUGGCAAGUGGGACCAUUGUUCCUGCUCAAGAGGUGCCACCCCCAACGGUACCAAUGGACUACUCAUGGGCCAGGGAAUUGGGCCUUAUCCGUAAACCCGCCUCCUUUAUGACCAGCAUUUGUGACGAGCGAGGUCAGGAGCUCAUCUAUGCUGGCAUGCCCAUCACUGAGGUCUUCAAAGAGGAGAUGGGCUUAGGAGGAGUGCUUGGACUUCUUUGGUUCCAACGCAGGUUGCCUCGCUACGCCUGCCAGUUUAUCGAGAUGUGCCUGAUGGUGACGGCCGACCACGGGCCCGCCGUCUCUGGCGCGCACAACACCAUCGUCUGCGCUCGAGCCGGCAAAGACCUCAUUUCAAGCCUGACAUCCGGCCUUCUCACCAUCGGUGACCGUUUUGGCGGCGCCCUCGACGCAGCUGCCAAACAGUUCAGUAAAGCCUUUGACAGCGGUAUGCUGCCCAUGGAGUUUGUCAACAAGAUGAAGAAGGACGGAAAGCUCAUUAUGGGAAUUGGACACCGUGUCAAAUCGAUCAACAACCCAGACAUGAGAGUCCAAAUUUUGAAGGACUUUGUGAAGCAACAUUUCCCUUCCACUCAGCUACUUGACUACGCUUUAGAUGUGGAGAAGAUCACCACCUCCAAGAAACCUAAUCUGAUCCUCAACGUGGACGGUUUUAUCGGCGUCGCCUUCGUAGACCUGCUCAGGACGUGUGGCGGCUUCACGCGCGACGAGGCUGAUGAGUUUGUGGAGAUCGGCGCACUAAAUGGCAUCUUUGUCCUUGGACGGAGUAUGGGCUUCAUCGGCCACUACUUGGACCAGAAAAGGCUCAAGCAGGGCUUGUACCGGCACCCCUGGGACGACAUCUCCUACGUGCUUCCCGAACACAUGUCCAUGUAA